AUGUUUGUGGGCCGUGAAGCUGUGAUCAGUGCGAUCAAGGAUAGACAUCAUGCAACCUGCCAGCGUCAUGGGCGGGUGGCUUUGGUGGGGUUGGCCGGCGUUGGAAAAACCCAGACAGCCAUCGAGUACUCUUAUCGCGUGCGAGAGUCAACACCAGACACGUGGGUUUUUUGGAUCCACGCCAGCAAUGCGGCGCGAUUAGAACAGAGCUACCAGCAGAUUGCUGCAGUCGCGGAGAUUUCCGGACGGGAUGAUCCGAAGAUGAACAUCCUUCAGCUAGUGUAUCAGUGGUUGUGUGAUGCAAAUAAUGGGCGCUGGCUGAUGGUGUUGGAUAAUGCGGAUGACGAUAGCAUCUUUUUCAGCGCUAAUAAAUCCAAAGAACGAGGGCCAUUGGUGAGGUUCCUACCCCAGGCCGCCCAUGGAUCAAUCCUGAUCACAUCGCGAAAUAGUCUUACGGCACGGAAUCUGGUGGCAAGCGAUGGGUAUGUGAUCGAUGUUCAGCCAAUGAGUGAGGAAGACUCCCUCGCCUUAUUGCGGGUGAGGGUUCCAGCCCCCCAUUCGGGAGAAUAUGAAGAGGUGGAGAAGGCACUAGUCCAGGCACUUGAAUUUAUUCCGCUGGCAAUCACCCAGGCAGGGUCUUAUAUUGCGAAUCGAUCACCUCGGGUCACGGUCUCCCGGUACCUUCAGUUGUUCUGUGAGAGCGAGUCGAACCAGACACAUCUUCUUCAGCAUGAGGACGCUAAAGACCUCCGGCGAGACCCCAGUAUUCGACAUGCGGUCAUUACGACAUGGCAGCUGUCGUUUGAGCAAAUCCGUCAUGACCGGCCAGCGGCGACGGACCUACUAGCGCUCAUGAGCAUGUUUGACCGGCAGGGGAUUCCGGAAGAUAUGCUCCGUGCAUAUGGUGAUGAUGAUGGGCUCUAUUUUGAAGAGUCACUGGCACCAUUGAUCAUUAUCGGUCCGGAGAUGGCUGGAGAUCCACCUCGAACUGGCAUGGUGGCAAAAAAGUCGCGAGCCAUCAUGGCACAGAUAUUUCCCGAUGGAGAGUACGAGAGCUGGACUGAAUGUCAAAGGCUACUUCCGCAUGCGAAAGAAGUGGUGAAGUCGAUAUCCGAUGAGCAUGAAGAUGAUCGACUGCAUGCGGCCACGAUUUCCUUUAAAUGCGGAUGUUAUUUACUGCUUCGAGGAACCUAUAAAGAGGCCGGAGCGAUGCAUCAAUGGGCAUUAGACGCACGAGAGAAUGUGCUUGGAUGCGAGCACCCUGACUCUCUCGCAAGUGUCAGCAACCUUGGCUUGGUGCUUGAUAGGCAAGGGAAAUAUAAAGAGGCGGAAGUGAUGCAUCGACGGGCGCUAGAAGCACGAGAGAAGGUGAUUGGAUAUAGGCAUUCCUCCACACUCUCUAGUGUCAAUAACCUUGGCUUAGUACUCUCCACCCAAGGAAAAUAUCAAGAGGCGGAAGCGAUGCAUCGACGGGUACUAGAAUGGAGUGAGAAGGUGCUUGGACGCGAGCAUAUUAACACGCUCACUAGCCUUAGUAACCUUGGCAAUGUGCUCUCUAGGCAAGGGAAAUAUGGAGAGGCAGAAUCGAUGCAGCGAUGGGCAUUGGAUAUACGAGAGAAGGUGAUUGGAUACGAGCAUCCCUCCACGCUCACAAGUAUCAAUAACCUUGGCUUAGUACUUUUCAACCAAGGGAAAUAUAAAGAGGCGGAAGCGAUGCAUCGACGGGCGCUGGAAGCACGAGAGAAGGUACUUGGACGUGAGCAUCCGGACACGCUUACAAGUAUCAGUAACCUUGGCUCAGUGCUUUCCAGCCAAGGGGAAUAUGAAGAGGCUGAAGCGAUGUAUCGACGGGCGCUGGAAGCACGAGAGAAGGUAAUUGGACGCGAGCAUCCCUCCUCGCUCUCCAGUCUUAAUAGCCUUGGUUUACUACUCUCUAACCAAAGAAGAUAUGCUGAGGCGGAAGCAAUACUUCGACGGGCACUGGAAGGGUGUGAGAAGGUGCUUGGACGCGAGCAUCCGGACACGCUCGCAAGUAUCAGUAACCUUAGCUCAGUGCUAUUCAGCUGGGGGAAAGAUGAAGAGCAGAAGCGUUUAUUGACGGGCGUUGGAGAUACGAGAGAAAGUGCUAGGACUUGA